AUGGCGUCUUCAAGAUCAACGUCACAUCGCCCACUCCAAACAUCCUGGAGAGUUGGUGGAAGCGUAAAGUGGAGCCGAAGGCGGCCACCAUUGAAAGUGGUCCGACCACACGUCCGGAAGCAGAACCUCCGGGCCCUCAAGAGCACAAGGCUCCCGGUUACACCUCCACAACAAAUUCUGAUUCUCCUCCUGCUGUCGCUGCGGGUGCGUCUGGUGACCCUCCUCUACCUCAAACUGCGACUCCAGGGGGCGCUGUUGCUAACCCUGCUGCUGGCGCUACGGCCACGACGGAUCCUUCUGCUGCAGCCUUGGGAGCGUCGGAUCCCGCCCCCUCUGGUGGGCUUCAAGGCCCUUCACAUUCUGCCUCUGCUGCUUCUGCUGCACCCGAAUCCACACCAGAUCCGGAGCCCACAGAAGGCGGCGACCACUCCUCCCAUGACCCUCCAGUGGAGCUUCAGGAAGAGACUGCUGCUGCGCCACCGACUCAGUUGUCCCAGACCGGCGAGGACGAGGGUGCAGCGAAAGGCGCCGAAGAGGACACCGCUGCCAACACCACCGACACUGCUUCCAGCGAAGGCAAUGCUACGGCGGCAGGCAUGCCGGCUCCCCUUUCCUCUGCGCCUACAACGAACGCUCUGGAGAACAGUGUGGGAACUGACGCCUGCUUCCAUGGCACCCAUCUGCAUGCCCUGCCACCGCUUGUUCUGGCCGCACUCACCUACGGGACACUGA